GGGAACCACAAUCAAAAGAAGAGGAUACAGACAUGACAUGACAACAAGUAAUUGAGUCAUCAAGCCUGAUAUCAUACGGACUCGAUUGACCACAGCGUAUCGCACCACCGGCGUGGCCGGAAAUCAAGUCCUGGCCCCCAACGUAACCCAAUUGGGGCGAUGAGGGCCACUAAGUCGCAUUCAGCCGCCGUGCAAACUGUAAAUCGGAACGGCGCCACCCAUAAUCUUCGCAUAAGGUCCAUGAGGUGACCAGGUUGGGAUUCGUUCUGCGAUUCUAGCCAUGUGAAGAAUUGGACCUACAAGAGGACCGACGACUAUCAUGGGGUUGGGUAUUCUUGAAGAUAAGGUCCUGGACCAUGUACCAGGUACGACGCGUUACUUCGACGACCCGGACCGACCGCAGACCGCCGACACGUUAGAUGCGGCGCGGGGCUUGAAGUGCGACACGAGCGGAUCGGCGCCGAUAGUACUGCACCCGCAACCCUCCGACGAUCCCAACGAUCCCCUCAACUGGCCGCUCUGGCGCCGUGAUGUGAUCACGCUCAUCCUCUCGCUCACGGCCAUCUUCGCGACAGCACUGGGUCCCAUCCUCGCUGCCAACACGCUGACUUUAUCGCUAUGGUUUGGGCUCGACUUCACGCGCAUUGCGCUGCUGACGGGGUAUUUUUUGCUGGGCGUGGGGUUCGCGGGAUUCUUUUUCGUGCCGAGCGGGAGGAUAUGGGGUAAAAGGCAUCUUUUUAUAUUGGGGACGCUCAUAACGAUCGGGUCGAGCGCGUGGGGAGGCGCCGUGGGGAAGAAUUACACAAGUUUCCUGUGGUCGCGGAUUAUACAAGGGGUCGGGACGGCCCCGUUUGAAAGUUUGGUGAAUGCCGCGGUGGGGGAUCUGUAUUUCGUCCAUGAACGAGGCAAGCGCAUGGCCUUUACCAACUUGGCUGUGUUCGGGGGCGCCUUUUUCACGCCCGUCCUGGUUGGCAAGAUCACGCACACCAUCGGAUGGUGGUGGACCUUCUACCUCGUCUCCAUCUUCCUGGCCGUCUGCCUUGUGGCCCUGGUCCUGUUCUGCCCCGAAACGGCGUUCCGUCGCGAUGCCGCUCUGAACACCGACAUGGGCACCGCCGCUACAACGUCAGGACACAACGGAAGUUCCGACGAUCUGAAGAAACAGGAUGCCACCUCGAACACCAACCCGUCAUCGAUAACAACGAACGGCACCCACGUCGACUAUAAGAAAAAGACCUUCGUCCAAUCCCUCGCGCUCUUCGACGGGCGCAAAACCGAUGAUAGUUUCUUCCGGCUGCUCUUCCGGCCCCUCCCCCUAUUCGUCCAACCCGCCUUCCUGUGGGCUUGCCUUAUCCAAGGCACCAUGAUUGGCUGGACUGUCUUCAUCGGUGUCGUCCUCGCCGCCAUCUUCCUAGGCCCGCCCCUAUUCUGGAACGAAGUCUCCACAGGGUACGCCUACUUGGGACCCUUUGUCGGCGCCCUCCUCGGCUUUGCCAUCGCGGGCGGCCUCGCCGACUGGAGUGCGAAGUACCUCACGCGCCGCAACGGCGGCGUCUACGAGCCAGAGUUCCGCAUUUUGUUGGUCAUCCCGCAGCUCGUGUUUGGCUGCAUGGGCCUGUAUGGCUUCGCGGUCACGAGUCAGGGGACGCUGACGGGCGCAAAUCAUUGGGUUGUGCCCAUUAUGUUUUUCGGGUUCGAGGUCUGUGGCAUGGUUAUCGGGGCUGUGGCUAGCUCGCUGUACAUUGUUGAUGCGUACCGCGACCUGGCGGUCGAGGGGUUCACGUGUUUGAUUAUUUUCAAGAAUAUGUUCAGUUUUGGGCUGACAUUCAAGGCUUAUGAGUGGCUGGUGUAUGGUGGUAUUGAGGAGACGUUUCAUGUGUUGGCUUCCGUGCAGGUUGUGGUUUGUUUGCUGAGUAUUCCUAUGUAUAUUUACGGGAAGCGCAACCGGAGUUUUUUCUAUCGUCAUGAUAUCAUUGCCAUGACGGUUGACAGGUCCUCUGAUUGGUUGAACAAGGUAUUUCAUCGGAAGAAGUAAUAGUAGGUACAGGUUGGACAGCGCACCCAGUUUCAAAAUGCUUAGCGGAACCACUUAUCAAGUCGGGUUCAGUUUGUGUAAUGGUGUACACAUGACCACGAUCCUUACGGCUAUGGGAGAACAGCUGUACAAAUGAACA